CUAUUGGCGUCCUCCUGAUGAAGUUGCUCAGCGUCCUCUUCUUUGAGCUCCGCCAUUUUCCCAAACAAGCGUACGUAGAAUCCGUACGCAAUGAGCGUUGUGGGCGCGCACCAAUCGUGUUCUCUCGAACUACGCCAACUAAAAAGAAAGCGGAAGUGAAUUCAACCAGCCAACUGCAGUGCAAGUGGUGAAGCGAACAGCUCUCAUUGCUUCAUAAUUUUCUUCUUUUUCAGUAUUUAAGUUUACAACAUUCUUCCCGCGUGUGGUAGGUAAACCUCUUUCACACUAAAGCUUCAGAAAAUACAAUUAAAACUGGGUUUUGAGGAUGUCGAGCAAGAAAUCAAAGAAGAAGAAACACAAAAAGGAGGAAAGAAUGUCAUCAAUCUCUUCACAUGAGGAUGAGAAGAAGGAGAGAGAUGCAAAGAGAUUCACCAACCCAAAAAGAAAACACAAACAUCAUCAUCGGCAUGUAAGUUCUGACCAAGACAAAGCUAAAGAGAUGAGGGCCAAGAACUCAACAUCAACAAGAGGAUUUGAAGGAAGAUUCAAGAAAACAGAAGUUAGAAACAGCAUGAGCAGGGAAGAAAGAUCCAGAGAGAGCCAAGCAACAGAGAAUUUCAGGCCAGUUUUCAAGUCAACUGUCACACAUGAGAAAGAGCAACUAAAUCCCAAAAGGAAGCAUGAAAAUGUUAGUCCCAAUAUCUCAGGGAGAAGCUCCACCAGGCAUGCUGCAACAAACCAGCCUUCUUCAAAAGAGUUGGAGAAAAAGAGACGGGAGCUGGUGUCGAGGAGAUCCACAGCGGAGUAUCCCAGGCGGAUACCUGCAAAGGAUGAAUAUCCCCCGGAGAAACUCCAGGAGAAGAGGAGGAAGCUCAUGAAAAGGCCGUUGUCGCCAGAGCUUCACGCUGAACCCAAACGAAGAGACAUUAAAUACAUGACCAAUCCUGCACAUGCAGAAUCUCAUUCUGAAGUUCAAAAAGAAAUGAGGAAGACGUUGAUGGCCACGAGGUGCAAGAAGAUCAACCCUAAUGUUGAUGCACAGAGAUCUCAUAACAACUCCAAAGAAGCUUUGCCAGUAGUGAAACAUGAAGACUCUGGAUCUAAACUGAAAUUACAAGACGUUUCACCCAAAAAACCAGAGCAUGUAGAGUUGGGUAAUGAACCUGGUGUAAACUUAGGAGAAAAAAGGACAUCCCUUGGUGGUCCCACAGCAAAAGUCAGUUUCAAGAUCCCAAAGAAAGCCAGUGCUGUUAAAGCGUGGACAAACACGAAUGUGUGUAAUGUGAAUUCUUCAGAUGGCAGGACUCAAAGUACCACUCAGCCUUCUUUCCCUGGUUCCACUCCUUCUAAGCACACAUUUCUCAUCACACAGCAGCAAGGACAAAGGCCUCAAAAGGUUUCUGCUCAAACCUCUCAUAAACCCACUUCUCUUAGCUCAUCACAUCUUUCAUCUAUAUCUCACCAAGUCCAGGAGGCACAUACUGACAAAACAAGGGAGGUCACAACGCCGAACAAUACAUCCAGCAAGGUCCAACAUGUAACUCCUCAGGAAGCCGCAGAGACCUUUGACUGUGACCAUGAGAUGGAGCUGGUGGAGGAGCUUCACCUGGCACGCUCUGAGAGACGACUGGAGGUGAAGUUGGUGGAGAACUGUGGAGAGCUCACCUGCAUGGACAUUGACCCUCCAGAAGAGGGUGCCGGCACAAUGCUAAAUCAACAUAAACAGGGACUGCUUAUUGUUCUGGAUACCAAUGUGCUGCUCAGCCACCUGGACUUUGUAAAGAAGAUUAGGACACAUGGUCUCGGUGGGCUGGGGUUCCCCACUUUGCUGAUCCCAUGGGUUGUCCUGCAGGAGUUGGACUAUCUAAAGAGUGGUAAACUCUCCAGCAAGGUGGAGGACAAAGCCAGACCUGCUGUCCACUACAUUUAUAGCUGCCUAAAAUGCCAGGAGCCCAGACUUGUGGGCCAGUCAAUGCAGCAGGCCUCCCAAGCUGUUGGUGGGCCUGGUGUUGUAAAUAAUGAUGACAGAGUGCUACAGUGUUGUCUGCAGUACCAGGCUCUGUACCCAGAGGGAGCUGUAGUUCUUUGCACCAAUGAUAAGAACCUAUGCAGCAAGGCUCUACUCAGUGGGGUGAAGGCCCUAAGUAAGGCAGACUUGGUAAAAGAGGUGGAGGGAACCAGAUCUACGAUUCUAAACUACAUUCAUGCUCGGCCCACUGUGCCGCCCUCAGCUCGACUUGUAGAGAAAGCAGAGGAGGAAGGAUCACAAAAUAAUAGACACAGCGAUGCAGCGGAGGAAAGACAGUUGAGUGAGUGUGUGUCUUUGCUGGAGUCCUGCCUCCAGGGGGCGCUGUCUGAAGUGCUUGAGGAAGAGAUGAAGGCAGCUUAUGGAGAACUGUGGACUGAGAUAGUGUACGUGAAGCCUCCGUGGAAUCUGGAGGGGCUGCUCAAGUGUUUUAAGAAGCACUGGAUUGCUGUGUUCGGAAGCAUCAUUAAGAGGAGCCUGCUCAGCUGUGUGGAGAUGCUGAGUGACUGUCUCUGUUCAGACAGGUCCAUAGAGCACAGAUCUUUUCUCAGAGCUCUGAGAUUGGCUUCAGAGCUUCUGUCAGCAAUGGCUAGCAGAUCUCAGUACAACGGUCAUGUAGCUCAAGCUCUCUCUACCAUUCAUAUGCUACAGCAAAGACUACAGUCUCCGAAGGCUCCAGUAGAGGGUAAUGACACUGAUAAACAGGACUCUCUGAUGGCAGAGAUAGAGGAGAAUGUAGCUCCGCCUCCUCGGACAUCCCAUCAGGAAGUUUGGGCGUUAUUUGAGAGCAUCUGGAACAAUGUGUGUCAGAUUAGUUCAUCUUUGUUCUCAGCGCUCAACUACACUCCAGGAACCACUGAGCCCAGCCAGCGAUCUACCUCACCCCCACCUCAGGAAGCUCUCUCCUGCCUGCAGAGGCUCUCCACAGCACUGAAACAGCUAUUGGAGGCUCUUCAGAGGCUGUUAUCUGCGGGAAGCAGUGUUCAAGAUGCACAGUCACUUCUCUCCUUCAUUCAGACCAGUGAGAUUGCUGCUAUGGAGCCACGUUUCACUGCCACGGAGCUGUUUAAUUGUGUGUCGCAACAGGAAUACCGGGAGAAGCUGUGUGUGGGUGGAGCGCAGCUGUCUGAGCUGUAUGUGAAUCUGGAUCACUGUGCUGCUGCUCUGAGUUCUUGGCCCUGAUUUCCCACCCAACUUUCCAUGUUUGGAACCAGCCAACUGUGCGCUUACUAUCAGACCAGACUCCUUUGGACCGACCUGGUUCUGAUAGCAGAGUCAUGAUCUACUGGAUCCAAAGGUCCAUCAACCUGCUGAUCCUCUGUCCUUGUACAAACCUGUAUUAGAGUUAGUGGCAGUCACAUGAGCCCGACUUAUUAUUCAAAAGCAUCUAGGCAUCAAGGGCUAUCAGUCUUGUAAACUGGAAUUCAUGAAGUUGGAUGAUGUUCUAGUUCUUAUUUUGCAGUUAUAAUCAUUUAUAAAUUUGUACAAUUGUAUUAAAAUAUUUGGACUAUUUAUUCACCAUAAUUUAUAAGUAAUGCCUCCCAUUUUGGGAAAGUUUUAGUGAUGCUUCAAAAAUUGUUAUAGGUUUGUUGGUGCUUGUGUUUUAUGCUGAAGAAUGUAGAAUUGCUAUAUGUUAAAUUUCUGCUGUGCUACUUAAAAGUCCUCCUGAUGUCUGGGAGCAGUUGUGGUAACAGGUUAUUAUGUGUUCGGAGAGAAACUGAGGUAUUACUUCAUGGAACGACAUUCAGUGCUGCAGGGCUUUCAGUAAGUAGCGACAGUGAGUCACGUGUUAAAAGCCAAUUUUCCUGGGCGUCAGUCUAGCCACACUUUUGGAAACUAUCCUGAAAUCCACUUAUUUGUUCCAUGAUUCUGAGAAGGUACAUUUAGUCACCAAAUAAGGUUAUUAUGUGACUUACACUGUUUAAGUCUGAUAAGCUGCUGUAAUUGAUUUAUUCCCAUCGAUCUUAGUUCUGUCACUGCAUAUGAAAUACCAUCACCAACAUGAUCCUCAGAUUUUUUUUUUUUUAUUCAUAUUUUCUGAUUUCAUGUGAAACGGUAUCUAUGCAUAAAAUGUUUUAUUUGUAUUAAAGUGUGAAUAGUUCAAAAAGAAUAUAUAUUUUCCUUUAUAUAUAUUUGGAUUUUGAUUAAAACAUUUGAGCAUCAA